AUGGUUUUCUUCACUCGCAAAUCAAAAUCCGUGGAAAGCAUACUGCUUGUCCUAUUGACUGUGUUUGUGCUUUCUUGCGCAGCCGUAUUUGAGCAAAAGAACGGAACUACCAGUCAAUCGGCCGAUGAAAUUGUAGCUUCCAUUCCUUUCCCCGGGGCACAAUGGAUCGAGAGGAUGGCGACGCCCGAGACCAAGAUUACGUUGGAGAAUGGCGAAACUUAUUCCUCAGCGUAUGCUGCCGUUUUGAAUGGAGAGCCGUUGGCCAACCCUUGCCGAAAUUUCAAUGCAUGGGUCAACUCUAUUUUCAUUGGACCCAAGACUGCUAGCCGCUUUGUAGAGACCAUGGGGGUCGAAUGGGGCCAUUAUCUUCUGUGCUAUCUUCGUAACAUGAUUGCAGGAACCUUCAUUUACUAUGCAACUGCAGGAAUCUUCCACUACUUUUGCUACGUUCAUCCAAUGUCCAAGGAAAUCUUCAAGAACAGAAAAAGACCUGACUCGGCAAUCAUCUGGAAUCAAAUUAAGCUGAGUCAGGCAAGUUUGUUCAUCUACACUAUGCUACCAGUCUUGGACGAAUACCUUAUUGAAGCGGGUUACACCAAAACGUACUUUACGGUUGAUGAAAUUGGAGGCUGGGUACCGCAUAUUGCCACAAUGGCCUUUUACUUUGCGUGUGUUGAGAUUGGAAUCUACUGGAUGCACCGAACACUACAUACCAACAAAACUUUGUACAAACACGUCCACCUGCUCCACCACUCAUACAACAAGCCCGAAACGUUGACACCCUGGGCUUCCAUCGCUUUCCACCCGCUAGAUGGCAUAUUGCAGGCCUCGCCAUAUGUGUUUCUGUUGCCAUUUAUUCCUUGCCACUACAUUACGCAUGUUGUCAUGGUAUUCUUCACUGCUAUUUGGGCAACCUACAUUCAUGAUGCCAUGGAUUUCAACAUUGACCCAAUCAUGGGAAGCAAGUAUCACACUGUCCACCACACACACUACAUUUACAACUAUGGGCAAAUUUUCACGUUUUGUGAUCGGUUCUGGGGAACCCUCAAGAUUCCAGAUGGACCAACCGGAGUUCCAGCGAAGCGAAAGGGAGUGUAA